CGCGUAUGUGGCACUAAUAUUAGCAGGACGUUUUUCAAAUGGUUAAAAUAUUUGAAAUCUGGUGACUUGUCAUAAUAACGAGUCAACUUACCAAAGUAAUUUCAUUUAGUAGACACCUUCCACGUGUUGACGCCCAAGCCAUGAAUAUACUAACAAGUGGGUAGUAUUUAUUAAUUGAAUCAUUCAUGUUCUCUAGUAGCUAAUGAACGCAACCAUAGUCAUACGUGAAUUUUUAUUUUAACACAACCAUAACCAUGUUGGGGUCUUGCUGGUCACCAUUUGUCUGGACCAAUAAUGUCAAGACGGGAUGCAAAGCUAUUGCUUUUUACACAGUUGCUAUCAGUAUAAUAUCUAUUACAUUGGUUUGUUAUCAAUUGAAUGGAGGGGAUUCAUCUCAAAUAUAUAAUCCCUUGUUUGAAGCUGAUGUUAGAGGAUCAAUGCAAAUUGGUGGAGGAUUCAUCAUCUUCUAUUUGAGUCUCUUAAUUAUAUCAAGUGGUUUGAUGAUACAUGGAUUAAAAGAAGGAAUAAGAGGAUGGUUACUUCCCUGGCUUAUAUUGUGGUUCAUUGUAUGUUUGUUCCAAUUAGUUUUUGGCCUUUGGCUUGUAGGAGGAUAUUACAUCUAUCUUGAGGCAACAUUUGCAGCACUGUGUAUUUGGCUUUGGAUGUCUUAUAAUAUAUAUUGUUGGUUAGUCGUACUGUCAAUGUACAAAAUAUUUGAAGAACUACAAUCUCCAAAUAUAGAGCUUCUGUGGCCUUGAAUAGGUGUAUGAUACUAGUAAUAAGAUAUAAAGUACAUUGAUUGGCACCAAAGUAUCAUACAGCGUCUUUAAAAAUGCUAGUAUAAUUUUUUAUUUUUGUUAUAUACAUUUUCUUCAAAAGAAAAACUGUUUAUUCAUAGAGAUGAUAUUAUUUAAAAACUAAUUUAAAUUGAACAAAAAUCGUAUUAUUAUGUGUUCAUCUUAGUUAUGCUUAUUUAUUUUGACAUACCUAGUAUUACAAAUACAGGUAUACCAUACUUACGUGUCAUUAAUGUACAAUUAGCUCGAUGCUUUGAAAGUUUAAAAAGUUCAAAACUUUCACAUUUUAACAAAAGACUGAUAAUGGUCUAAAGAAACACCCGUCCAAAUUUCAAAGUACUCUUGUGAACAAAAUUUUAUACAUGGUUGCUUUACACGACCAAAAGAAAUGUAACAAACAUUUGUAACGAAUAGAACCUCAUUACAAAUUUUUAUAUGAGAUAUUCUAUGACAUUUAUAAAAAUUUUGUAUGUUUGAUAUGAAUAAAAGAAAGUAAGUUAA